ACCAAUCCCGGAUGCCGUACUAAACCCGGACAGGAUGUGGCUUUGAAUUAUGUUACCUGAAUGUGUUAGUUAAGAACAACGACUUGUAAGCAUAAUGACAAAAACAUGUUCCGCCAAGAAAAAAUAGCUUUUGUAUCGAAGUAGAGGAUCGUGGCGGGGAUGUGGCUACGUUAUGGGAAACGUUUUCGGGAGAAAGAGUCGCCCUUCUCGAGUUACAGAACAAGACCGAGCGAUUCUGCAACUGAAACAGCAGAGAGAUAAACUGAAGCACUACCAGAAGAGAGUCACCCUACAGCUGGAGAAGGAGAGGAGUCUGGCCAAGCAGCUGCUGAAGGAUGGAAAGAAAGAGAAGGCACUGGUUCUUCUCAAGAAGAAGCGUUAUCAAGAUCAACUGCUAGACAAGACUGAGAACCAGAUAUCAAACCUGGAACGCAUGGUUCAAGACAUUGAGUUUGUCCAGAUCGAGAUGAAAGUCAUUGAGGGGCUUAAGGUUGGAAAUGACUGCCUGAAGAGUAUGCAUGAGGCCAUGUCACUAGAGGACGUGGAGAGGAUCAUGGAUGAGACCCAGGAUGCUAUAGAGUACCAGAGGCAAAUAGAUGAGCUGCUGUCAGGCUCCCUGACUCAGGAGGAUGAGGAUGCUGUGCUAUCUGAGCUGGAGACUAUCACUCAGGGAGAAGAUGUAGAACUUCCAGAGGUCCCCACUGAGCCACUACCAGAGGUCCCAGAACCAGCUGAGACAGAGCCAGGUAACGAGAGAAGACCAGCAAGGAACAAGGAGAACAGAGAGAUGCUGGCAGCGUAGAGACAAGACUCAACAAUAACAACAGUAGCUGGAGCUAGUCCAACUGACUCAAUAACAGUGGCUGUGGAUGGAGUUAGUCCAACUGACUCAAUAACAGUGGCUGUGGAUGGAGUUAGUCCAACUGACCCAACAACAGUGGCUGUGGAUGGAGUUAAUCCAACUGACUCAAUAACAGUAGCAGCUGUGGAUGGAGUUAGUCCAACUGACUCAAUAACAGUAGCAGCUGUGGAUGGAGUUAGUCCAACUGACUCAACAACAACAACAGUAGCUGUGGAUGGAGCUAGUCCAACUGACUCAAUAACAGUAGCAGCUGUGGAUGGAGUUAGUCCAACUGACUCAAUAACAGUAGCAGCUGUGGAUGGAGUUAGUCCAACUGACUCAACAACAACAACAGUAGCUGUGGAUGGAGUUAGUCCAACUGACUCAACAACAACAACAGUAGCUGUGGAUGGAGUUAGUCCAACUGACUCAACAACAACAACAGUAGCUGUGGAUGGAGUUAGUCCAACUGACUCAACAACAACAACAGUAGCUGUGGAUGGAGUUAGUCCAACCGACUCAACAACAACAACAGUAGCUGUGGAUGGAGUUAGUCCAACUGACUCAAUAACAGUGGCUGUGGAUGAAGUUAGUCCAACCGACUCAACAACAGUAGCUGUGGCUGGAGUUAGUCCAACUGACUCAACAACAACAAUAUCAACAGUAGCUGCGGAUGGAGUUAGUCCAACUGACUCAACAACAACAACAGUAGCUGUGGAUGGAGCUAGUCCAACUGACUCAACAACAACAAUAUCAACAGUAGCUGUGGAUGUAGCUAGUCCAACUGACUCAAUAACAACAACAGUAGCUGUGGAUGGAGCUAGUCCAACUGACUCAACAUCAACAGUAGCUGUGAAUGGAGGUAGUCCAACUGACUCAACAACAACAAUAUCAACAGUAGCUGUGGAUGGAGCUAGUCCAACUGACUCAAUAAUCACAAUUGUAGCUGUGGAUGGAGUUAGUCCAACUGACUCAACAACAACAGUAGCUAUGGAUGGAGCUAGUUCAACUGACUCGAUAACAACAACAGUAGCAACAGUAGAUAUGGAUGGAGCUAGUCCAACUGACUCAAUAACAACAACAGUAGCUGUGGAUGGAGCUAGUCCAACUGACUCAACAUCAACAGUAGCUGUGAAUGGAGUUAGUCCAACUGACUCAACAACAACAAUAUCAACAGUAGCUGUGGAUGGAGCUAGUCCAACUGACUCAAUAAUCACAAUUGUAGCUGUGGAUGGAGUUAGUCCAACUGACUCAACAACAACAGUAGCUAUGGAUGGAGCUAGUUCAACUGACUCGAUAACAACAACAGUAGCAACAGUAGAUAUGGAUGGAGCUAGUCCAACUGACUCAAUAACAACAACAGUAGCAACAGUAGCUAUGGAUGGAGCUAGUCCAACUGACUCAAUAACAACAACAAUAUCAACAGUAGCUGUGGAUGGAGCUAGUCCAACUGACUCAAUAACAGUAGCAGCUGUGGAUGGAGCUAGUCCAACUGACUCAAUAACAGUAGCAGCUGUGGAUGGAGUUAGUCCAACUGACUCAAUAACAGUAGCUGUGGAUGGAGUUAAUCCAACUGACUCAACAACAACAAUAUCAACAGUAGCUGUGGAUGGAGCUAGUCCAACUGACUCAACAACAAUAUCAACAGUAGCUGUGGAUGGAGCUAGUCCAACUGACUCAAUAACAGUAGCUGUGGAUGUAGC